UGUAUGUAUGUAUGUAUGCACGUACGUAUGUAGGGUAUGUGUUACUUGCACAAAGUAGUGUUCUUAAGUGAGAUCAAAUUGGCGUCCCUCUUGAAGAAAUAACCGGAUGCCACGCCUCUUAACCCCACUCUGCCUAACAAAGUCACCGCCGUAACCAUGUAACUGUCCAACAUGCUACUAAAACCACUAAAACCAGCCAGCGCCAAUUAAAGCCAGCCGCCAUAGAGCAUCGGGAGCAGCAGCAGGAGCAGGAGCAGGAGCAGGAUCAGCAGAAGAAGGAGGCACUAGCCGCUGCAGCAGUACAAAACAUACACUUGGAGAAACAGCAUGGCCGGGCCGCAGGUGCAGCACAGCCAGCGACCGAAUAGCGCCUACUACACCGGCCUGAAUGGCGGUUCCGGCGGCGGCGGAGGAGGAGGAGGAGGAGGAGGAGGAGCUGGCGGCGGCGGUGGCGGCGGUGGGGGAUCCUCCGCCGGAAUGUCAAGCAGUGCAUCGCACACCGGGCUGCACGCCCUGCGCCAGGUGAGCAACGAAACGGAGCUGAUCUACCGUGGAAGCCACAGCAAUGGCACCGUCAACGAGCUGCCCUCCAGCGCCCAGCAUCACCUGCUCACAGGUCGAGCGGCCCAGCAGCACCACCAACAGCAGCAGGUGCAUCACCAGACGGUGAGCAGCAUCGCUGGCACCGGAUCCAGUGUCACAGACGCCCUCAUUAGCACCAUUAACUCUGGUGGCGGCGGCGGCGGCGGCGGCGGCGGUGGUGGUCCCUCCGGCAGCAGUUGCUCCACGGCGGCAUUGGGCAUUAAAAAGUCCAGCACGCAGCGCAGCAUCGAGAUAAUUGUGGAUGCCAGUCAGUGCGGCAAGGAGCUGGUGGCCAGUGGGCCGGGAUCGGGGGCAGCUAUUGUCUCCACCCUGGACGUGGAGGAUGUGGAGCAGGGCGGCGGCGGCCAGGAGUCCUCAUCAUCGCAUAGGAAAUCAUCGCGCCAUCGCCAUCGACCGCUCCACCGGCGGCUGAUCACCUAUCUGCGGAACCUCUUCCAGGGCAGCACCACCCAGAAUGAUUCGGAACUGGAGGAGUUCGAAACGCCGGCCAGGUACAGGCCCGACUCGCUAAGUGCGCUGAGCCGCGCCACACGCUUCACGGAAGACGAGAUCAAACGAAUUUACCGGGGAUUUAAGGCUGAGUGCCCGACGGGCGUCGUCAAGGAGGACACCUUCAAAGUGAUCUACUCGCAGUUCUUUCCACAGGGAGCCAAUCCAACCUUAUACGCGCACUAUGUAUUUAAUACACUGGAUCAGGAUCACAGCGGCAUUGUCAGCUUCGAGGACUUUGUUCAAGGACUUUCGAUACUGUCGCGCGGCUCCGUGGAGGAGAAGCUGCGCUGGACCUUCUCGCUGUACGACAUCAAUGGCGACGGCUUCAUUACGAGGGAGGAAAUGACUGACAUUGUAACUGCCAUAUACGAGCUGAUGGGCCGCCUGCCGGACGAGUGUCCCGAGGAGGAGAAGAUCAAGGGCAAGGUGGAGCAGAUCUUCCAGAAAAUGGACACCAAUCGCGAUGGCGUGGUCACGCUGGAGGAGUUCCUGGAGGCCUGUCGCAAUGACGACGCCAUCUCCCGGUCGAUGUCCUACACGGUGCCCCGGCGGCGGCGACAUCAGCAGUCGGCACAGCAGCAGCAUCUGCAGCAUCAGAAGCAUCAGCAGGAGCCAGAGAAACGUAAGUCCAACCACAAGACGAAGAACAAGCAACAGCAAAAACAGCAGCAACCACAUAGCACUAGACAUCAAAACUGUUGUCACAUAAUCGACAUGGAUGGCGAUAGCACCACCAGCACCACCACCGCCUCGGCGGCCACUGGAACAACACUCAAUUGCAAUGUCCUAUAUGAUUACGGAGCGGAGCAGGAGGAUGACGAGCAGCAGGACGAGGCUGACGAGGAUGACGAGGACUCCGAGGCGGAGUACAAGUCCUUUGUCUGCCGCCACUGCCAAAGGCCGCAGUCGGUGGUGCAGCAGCCCAGAUCCGGGCGGCGAUCGCAGUCUCAGUCCAAGUCGCGCAAGCGCAGCAAGAGCAGGAAGCGCCACCAGAGCAAACAGGGUCACAGUCAGGGCCAGCAGGGUCACCAUGGUCACCAUGGUCAGCAGCUGACCCGGUGGCCGGACAUCAAUGUGGCCAACGAGCAGGCCAUUCGCUUCCGCUGUCCGCAGGUGGGGCCGCAGGUGGGUCGCGACCUCCACACACCCCAGCCCAUGCACUUCCAUCACCCCCAGUCACAGAGCCAGAAGGCCAAGAGCAAGUCCCGCCCGCGGAAGCACCGGGCAUGCCCAGCUGCUCCGCUAUCGAAAGCAGCGGCAGCAGCAGCAGCAUCUGCACCACCUGCGCCACCAGCAGAACCGCCACAGAUACCGCCCUCCGAACUGCACCCCCUUCCGCCACUCAAUGUGAUUGUGGGCGGGGCCGAGGUCGAGGUCGAGGUCGAUCCGCAGCAGCCACAGCCGCCCACCACCCCCGACUCGCCGUCGCUGGUCACCGUGAGCACCUGGUACACGGUGGCCAAGCAGGGUGUCUCCUGCUAAUCGCGGUGAGCAGUGAGUAUCCUUGCCAGCACCACCCAACCCCCAACCAACCAGCCACAUUGCACCCCAGUCAAAAACCCCUUAAAGGAUGGCAUUAAUAUCUCUAGAUGCUUAAAAUCAUUUUCAAACUGAUGGCCAACGUCUGGGAGUAUGCCAGAAUGCAAGCAAUUCAAUUUUGCGCCCAAAAGGAGAAUUCAAAUCAUUUUAAGCCCCUAGAGAUCUGCGUGGCAUCCCCCAGUGAAAUGCGUUCCCGA